UUAGGGUUUUCGUCGUCUGUGGGUAAGUCAUUCGCCUCCGCCGUCGCUCGUCAUCCUCGAAGCUCAGCAACCAUGGUGGCCGCCAAGAAGACCAAGAAGACCCAUGAGAGCAUCAACAACAGGCUCGCUCUCGUGAUGAAGAGUGGCAAGUACACUUUGGGCUACAAAACCGUUCUCAAGUCCCUAAGGAAUUCCAAGGGGAAAUUGAUCAUCAUUGCCAACAACUGCCCCCCUCUUAGGAAGUCUGAAAUUGAGUAUUAUGCUAUGUUGGCCAAAGUUGGAGUCCAUCACUACAAUGGAAACAAUGUAGACUUGGGUACUGCCUGCGGCAAGUAUUAUAGAGUAUGUUGCCUCAGCAUUAUUGAUCCAGGUGAUUCAGAUAUCAUCAAGAGCAUGCCUAGUGAUGCUUAAGUUGACAAUGCUCGAAGAUCAUCUUAGAUUUCAGUCCUCGAAAAUUUUUGUUUUAUUGAUGUUAAAGAAAACCUAAAUUCUAAAAUUCAGAAGCUUCUUUGUAGUUCUUCUGGAUGUUGCUUUGGAUGGAUGAUAUGUUAUGGAUAGUUCUUUGUACUAGUUAAUUUUGUGAGUGAGAUCAUUUGCAACUAUACCUAUAUCUCUUAUUUU